UUUUUUAUUGGCUUUUCUUGUAUGUCUUUCUCUCUUUCUGUUUUUCGGGUAAAUCAAUUCUUCUAUACAGAUCCCAAACCUUAAUUCUUUCUUCUUCAUCAUGUUUGAUUUCGUAGGUAUUAUCUCAAUUUAGGGAUUUUGAUGUUCUGAUUUGGGAAUUUAGGUUUCUUCGAAUUUGGGAAUCAAUCGAAGAAAAGAGACAUUUUUGCACUUUGCCUCUGCAGGGUUAACUCUUUCGAUCAAGGCACCAAGAUGAGUAUUGAAGUACAUAGUCUUGUGGUUGCUCUGAUCUGUGUGUUUCUGCAAUUAUAAUUGGAGAUUUCUUGGUUGCACACUCUGAAAUUGCUCAGAGAAGAGAAGCUGAUAGAAAAUCCACUGGUGAUGCUAAAGGAAAAAGAGAAAUUUGAAGAGACUUUAAACUCAAACGGGAGUUCUUCGAAUUCUUCAGAGGUUCCUAGGUUAGCUUAUCUGAUCUCAGGUGCUAAAGGAGAUAGCCACAUGAUGAUGAGGACUUUGCAAGCUGUGUACCAUCCAAGAAACCAAUAUGUUCUCCAUUUAGACCUCGAAGCUCCACCUAAGGAGAGGCUGGAGCUUGCAAUGUCUGUGAAGAGUGAUCCUACUUUCCGUGAAGUUGCAAACGUCCGUGUUAUGUCACAGUCUAAUCUCGUUGCCUAUAAAGGCCCUACAAUGAUCGCUUGUACGCUUCAAGUUGUGGCGGUUUUGCUUAAGGAGAGCUUGGAUUGGGAUUGGUUCAUCAACCUUAGUGCAUCAGAUUAUCCUCUCGUGACACAAGAUGAUUUGUUGUAUGUCUUCUCCAAGUUGUCUCUAAAUGUUAACUUCAUUGAACAUAUGAAGCUCACCGGAAUGUUAAAUUCAUGAUAUAAAUUUGUAUUUCUAUUUUUCAUAUGUUUUUAUGUCAUAUUUGUUUAAAUGUUAUGAAAUCCAAUAAUUUAUAAGUUUUGUAAUAUUUAAAUUUAAUAAUUCAAUUUUUUUUAAAAAUU